AUGAGCACAAGCAUGGUCACGAGCACAAACAUGGUCAUAAACAUGGCCACGAUCAUAAACAUCAUCACAAUCAUGACCACAAGCAUGGACACGAUCAUCAUCACAAACACGGACAUGAGCAUCACCAUAAACACGGGCAUGAUCACCACCACAAGCAUGGACACGAUCAUCUCCACAAGCAUGGGCACGACCAUCAUCACAAACAUGGACACGAUCACCUCCAUAAGCAUGAGCACGGACACAAUCAUGGACACCACCACCUCCACAAACAUGGUCAUGAUCAUCACCACAAACAUGGGCACCAUCAUGGACACCACCACGCACAUCAUCAUGGGCACCACCACCUCCACAAGCAUGGUCACGACCAUCAUCAUAAGCAUGGACAUGACCACCACCACAAGCACGGACAUCACCAUAAUCACGGUCACCAUCAUCUCCACAAGCACGGACACGAUCAUCACCAUAAGCAUGGACAUGACCACCUCCACAAACAUGGACACCAUCAUGGUCACCACCACAGCCAUGGACAUCAUCAUGGGCACCAUCACAGCCAUGGACAUGACCACCAUCACAAACACGGACAUCACCAUGGACACCAUCAUGGACAUCAUCACUCUCACAAACAUGGACACCACCAUGGGCACCAUCACGGACAUCACCACAAGCACGGACACCACCAUGGACAUCAUCAUGGUCACCACCACGGGCAUCAUCACAAGCAUGGGCACCAUCAUGGACAUCACCACGGUCAUCAUCAUGGUCACCAUCAUGGUCAUCAUCACAGCAUCUUGCAUGGCCAUGGCUUUGGCUCCCAUGGUCUUGGUGGGUUCAGCUAUGGUGGCUUUUAAAUCCUUUACAGAUUUCUUUAAUUUAACUAUCAUUACAUGGAAAUCAAUCUUGCCAGAAAAGUGUGGCCACUUGAAUUCCUACCGUAAAGAGUUAUCAAAGAAGAAGCAUGGAUCGAGAAGGCAACACUAUGAUAAGUCGGUAGUCUGGAAUCAACCAUGGACACAUUUUCAGCAUGCUGUUUUUUUUAUGUGA